AGCAUUUCAAUUUACACAGUCAUUGUGAACGGGUAAACAUCUGUGAAUUGCUAAUGAAAGUGGAAGAAGCAACCUUUCUAUGUGAAGCAUGGUCGUUGCUGUUACCGCAUAGGAAUGUCCCUAUCCGAAGGAGUUAUCGUAAAAAUGAUUUCGUCAGCCAAGUCAAUAAAUCUGCGUGCAGUUCGCCAGUUAUCAAAUCGUGCUAUUAAUUGCUAUUCGGCAGAAAAUUUGGCAUUGCAGUCAAAAUCACAAAGACGUUUCUUCGCCGGGUGGAAUGGACGUGAUAAAACAUUGCCAAAGUUGCUGUUGACAGCAACACCCGCACAGCAGCAGCGGUUUGAAAUACAUCUUUCAAAUAUUUUGGACGCCAAGGAUUAUUACCAGAUAUUAGGUGUAGCUAAGAACGCCAAUUCGAAAGACAUCAAAAAGGCGUACUAUCAGUUGGCUAAGAAAUACCAUCCUGACACAAACAAAAGCGAUCCAGAUGCGGGCAAAAAAUUUCAAGAAGUUUCUGAAGCAUACGAAGUUCUUAGCGAUGACACUAAGAGGCGCGAAUAUGACACAUAUGGUCAGACUUCUGAGAAUAUGGGACGAGCUGGAGGCUUUGGGGGACAGGGCCCACAGGGAUUCUCGCAAAAUUGGCAAUUCCGUUCUACAAUAGACCCCGAGGAGUUGUUUCGCAAAAUAUUUGGAGAUGCUAACUUUCGAAGCAAUAGUUUUGAUGAGUUUGCUGACUCAAAAUUUGGUUUUGGUGCUGCUCAAGAAAUUGUGAUGGAUUUGACCUUUGCCCAAGCGGCACGAGGCGUUAACAAGGAUGUUAACGUAAAUGUUGUUGAUACUUGUGGAAAAUGCAGUGGAUCAAAGUGCGAACCUGGUACCAAGCCCGGACGCUGCCAGUAUUGUAACGGCACAGGCAUGGAAACUAUUUCGACUGGUCCUUUCGUUAUGCGUUCAACUUGCCGUUAUUGCCAAGGCACACGUCAAUACAUAAAAUAUCCGUGUGCUGAAUGUGAAGGCAAAGGUCAAACGGUGCAGCGCAAGAAGGUCACCGUCCCUGUGCCGGCAGGUAUCGAGAAUGGUCAAACAGUACGAAUGCAGGUUGGACGUAAAGAACUUUUCGUAACCUUCCGUGUUGAGCCCAGUAAGUAUUUUAAACGAGAAGGCGCUGAUGUACACACCGAGGCAGCGAUUUCGCUUUCUCAGGCGGUAUUUGGCGGUACUAUACGCGUGCAAGGCGUAUACGAAGAUCAGUGGAUUAAUAUACCUCCGGGUACACCUUCGCACCAUAAAGUUUACCUACGUGGGAAGGGUCUAAAACGUGUAAAUGCGCAUGGACAUGGCGAUCAUUAUAUUAAUAUAAAAAUUGAAGUACCUAAAAAUCUUACACAAGAACAAAAAGCAUUGUUGGAAGCUUAUGCAGAAUUGGAAACAGACACACCGGGACAAAUCAAUGGUAUUACGAGAAAAAAAGAUAAUACCAAGAAAGCUACAACAGCGGACACCCCGAACACGUUCCUAUCGAAAAUUAAAUCGCUCUUUAAUAGACAGUCCAGUUAAUAUUAAGGGAUAUGAGUGUGUGUAUGGGUAGGACUUAGUGAUCACUCCGUUAUUUCACGAACGAUUUGAUCGACCAAACAAUUGAUUGCUUUAUUGUUUUAGUUAGUUUAAUAGACGAUGAUAUCAAAAUAAAAUAAACUACUAUUAUAUUAGCUGUAACUACGAA